GGCGUCAACAGCGAACAGUGAUGUCGGCGAUUUAGAUUUUUAUUUUUGAUUUGUGUGGACUUUGUGGUAAAGGGUAAAAUAAAAUGGCGCUAUGGUGAUGCAAACUGCAUGUAGUAGUCGGUGUCACAGUGUCGGUUUCUUAAUAAUAUCGUUUAUUUUACUACAUCUAUCGAUUAACUUUUUAUGUAAAACAUGAAUACAUAUUUCUAAAGAAAAAAAGUGAGAUUGUUUCUAUAAUUUUCCUUAUCAUAUAUUUGAAACGGUAAUGGAGGCUGAUACACCUGCCGAAACUGAGGUGGAUAAAAACGAUAAAAGUGUUGACAUCGCAAAAAUGAAUGAUAAAGAUAUAGUUAUUAAAUUAGAUAUUGACAAAAAAGGUAAUAAUAUAGAAUUUACUGAAAAGAUUGCAUUAAAUAACGGUUCUGGGGUUAAAGAGACUUCCACGAUUAUGGAACAAGCAAAACAAUCAAGUGAAGAUGAACUAGCGCAGGACGACCAUGACGACGUACCAGGAGAUUUCUUCGAUGACUUUUUAAAAGAAGAUUUUAUGGACGGUCUAGAUGUAGUUGAUGAAGAUGAGGGUGAAGACAAAAUUGAAGAUGAUGAGGUGCCUCUGAAACCCAGUAAGAGAAAGAAAAUUACUAUUGAAGUUGAAGAGAAACAAGAAAUAAAGAAGCAGGUACAAAAUCAAGACUUAAGACAAUUUUUAACAAAGGAAAAAGAAAAAAUUAGUAGUAAUGAUUUGAGAAAUGUAUUGAAAGAAAAAGGAUCGCGAAAAUUGAAGAAAUCCAAACCUAAACCUAUAAAUGCUGACGAGUUUGAUAUUCGCAGAGACCCUAAAAAAACCAAGAGAGACAUUGAACGUGAUAAAGCAAGAUGUGAAAAGGAUAAAGAAAAAAAGAUUAUUUCAGAAAAGCUUAAGUUAGUUGAAACAGGUUUAGUUCCUCCUGGUAUGGAAAUGGAAACGGAUCUUGAUGUUAUAAAAAAUCAGAAAUACAAUGAGGAAACUAAGACUUCUGAACCAAAAGGAUCCAAAACAUCUUCAAGAAGGAGGAGUAAUAGUCGCAGUCGUAGUCGAAAACGAAUAAGUCGAGAAAUAAGUUUACCAAGAAGGUCGCCCAUUAGGGGUCGAAAUUUAAGAAGGUCAUCUCCUAAAAUAAGUCCUAGGAGAAGAUCAUCUCCUCGCAGAAGUCCUAGAAGAGUAUCAAGCAAUUUAACAAGACUCAUAAGUCCUAAAAGGAGUCCUCUAAGAGGGAGGUCAAGAGAGCGAUCUCCUAGGAGGUCAAGAGAGAGAUCCCCUAGAAGGUCAAGAGAGAGAUCCCCUAGAAGGUCAAAAGAGAGAUCUCCUAGAAGAUCAAGAGAGAGAUCUCCUAGAAAGUCAAAGACAAGAGAGAGAUCUCCUAGAAGAACUAAAGAAGCAUCUCCUAUAAGAUCAAGAGACAGAGCUAACAGAAUAGAUGCCAGUCUUAGGAGAUCAAUAGAAAGAAUAGACAGGGAAAGAAAUAGAAGUCUUAGGAGAUCAAUGGAAAGAAUAGAAAGAGAAAGAAAUAGAAGAUCAAUGGAUAGAAUAGACAGGGAUAGAAAUAGGAGAUCAAUGGAAAGGGACAGAAAUAGAAGGAGCAGAAGUCAUAAUAAAUAUUCUCCUAGGCAUAAGAGAUCCAGAUCUAGAUCUCCAAAGCGACGCCGUGAUGAUAAGAAAAAAUCAUUUUUACAAGAAAUUGCUGAUAAACUAAACGAAACUAGACCUGCAAAUAUUCCAUAUCAACACAUGAUGCAUCCCAUGCCUUCAGAUAUGUAUCAUGUUGUUGCACACCCACAGAAUUUACAUCAAAAUCCUAUCCCAUGCCCUGCUCCUGUCCCUGUGCCCCCUCCAGUUGUUAAUCAGUUUCAGCCCCAACAACAGUAUGAUCAGAGUUUCUUCAUAGGUACCCCUCCUGCCUUAAAUAGUCCAAAUGUUCCAAUUAAUAUGCCUAUUCAAACAGGUCCUCCUCAAAUGCCGGCGCUGCGCCUGAAUGUUCCGCCACCAAUGUUGCAGAAUGCUGCACCAUCUAAUAAUGCUGCACCAUCUAACAAUGCUGUUUCUAAAUUGUUCCAAGAUAAGAAAAUUACACUUACAGAAUUUCUAUCAAUCACUGCAAAACCGGAAAUUUAUUCAGCAAGUUCCGCUCACAUGAAAGAAAAAAUAAAGGUAAUAUCAAGGUGUCAAGAAGCAAUAAAAUAUCUGGGAAAUAGUGAAAAGAAAUUAACCGGACCGUUCGUGCUCCUCAAGGGAGUUAAGCCAAAAUCAACUGCAGAAAAAUACAUGUCGCCACUAUUAAAGUCUUCGCAUGUCAAGCUGCCCUUCACCGAGGUUCCCAAAAGCGAACAAUACCGGUCGGAAUUCAACUCGUACAUCGACAACCUGUUGGCGAAUUUGGGACUCGUCGAUGAUGAAGUCAUCGUCAUCGACGACGCAGAACCAGCACCUCAAGAGACGAAACGUCCGCAAGACGCACCACCUCCUCCACCACCAAACAUUUCAUCCGGCAGAAAGAACGACCCCAAACCAGCAUUCGAGUUGUACAAGUUAUCCAAAUUCAUUCAAACCGACGCACCGGGUUGUUUCGAUUGCGAUAGACGUAAAAAAAUAUCGUUUAAAACCGUUGGUACACAGUGUGGUAACGAUGGUGUAAUGUUUUCUGUUGGCACGCAGGUGAGCGGCGAUGAUUUUUACAUCAGACCUACGUUGCCUACGAGUCAAUCUUUAGCGUCUCUGACGCCUGCACAGCUUCUGGCCACGUCUGGCAUGUCUAAGCCUAGUAGAAAUUUCGAUGAUAAUGAUUUUGAUAUUCCGUAUCAUAAGAAAUUGCCCGGUAGGUCUGCGGGUUAUGCAUACGGGACGGACGUUUUUGGCGGAAACCGGAUCAGCCCUCCCAAGUUCACUUCACCUGGACCACUUGGUCGACCCUUCGACGCACCCGGCCGACCCUUCGAUCCACCCGACCGACCCUUUGACCCACCCGGCCCAGGAGGAAUGAGGGGCAACAGGCCUGAAGCCAACAGAUAUUCGUUUAAUAAUUACUAUUAAUAUUGUAAGGAACUUUAUAGUUUUAUUUUGUUAUUGGUGUAACCGAAUAUAUUUUAAGUCAUGUGACAACAUAGAG